AUGGACCUGCGGAUGCUCUCCCGGGAGCUGUCCCUGUACCUGGAGCACCAAGUCCGGGUUGGGUUCUUCGGCUCGGGAGUGGGCUUGUCCCUGAUCCUGGGCUUCAGCGUCGCUUACGCCUGCUACUACCUGAGCAGCAUUGCCAAGAAGCCCCGGCUGGUGACGGGGGGUGAGAGCUUCAGCCGCUUCCUCCAGGACCACUGCCCCGUGGUGACCGAAACGUACUACCCGACCGUCUGGUGCUGGGAGAGCCGAGGGCAGACCCUGCUGCGACCCUUCAUCACCUCCAAGCCCCCCGUGCGGUACAGGAAUGAAUGUGUUAAAACGGCAGAUGGAGGACAGAUUUUACUGGACUGGUUUGAUAACGACAACAGUAAGAACUAUAUGGACGCCAGCACCAGACCUACUAUCUUAUUGUUGCCCGGCCUCACUGGAACAAGCAAGGAGUCGUAUAUCCUUCAUAUGAUCCAUCUUAGUGAAGAACUAGGAUACAGAUGUGUGGUUUUUAACAACAGAGGAAUGGCAGGCGAGAAUCUCUUGACGCCAAGGACGUACUGUUGCGCUAACACGGAAGAUCUGGAGACAGUUAUUCACCACGUGCACAGUCUGUACCCGUCUGCUCCUUUCCUGGCAGCAGGGGUUUCAAUGGGAGGAAUGCUGCUUUUAAAUUACCUGGGCAAAAUGGGGACCAAAACUCCUUUGAAGGCAGCUGCAACCUUUUCCGUUGGUUGGAAUACCUUUGCUUGUUCGGAGUCACUGGAGAAACCACUGAACUGGCUGCUUUUUAAUUACUAUUUGACAACUUGCCUCCAGUCUUCAGUUAAUAAGCACCGGCAUAUGUUUGUAAAACAGAUUGACAUGGAUCAUGUCAUGAAGGCUAAGUCCAUUCGAGAGUUUGAUAAGCGAUUUACCGCAGUCAUGUUUGGAUACCAAACAAUUGAUGAUUAUUAUACGGAUGCCAGUCCAAAUCGUAGACUGAAAUCAGUAGGGAUUCCAGUGUUGUGUCUGAAUUCUGUGGAUGACGUUUUUUCACCCAGUCAUGCUAUUCCAAUAGAAACUGCUAAGCAAAAUCCUAAUGUUGCUUUGGUCCUUACUUCUUAUGGAGGCCAUAUUGGUUUUCUGGAGGGCAUCUGGCCAAGGCAGUCCACGUAUAUGGAUCGAGUCUUCAAGCAGUUUGUGCAGGCCAUGGUUGAGCACGGACAUGAACUCUCUAACAUGUAG